GCAUCCCCAUUUGGUUCCCCCAGAAUGAAUAAGUGAAUGCACUCUGCCCCUUCUAAUUGGGGUUGCCUUUCCCCUCCAGUCCCAUUUUCUCCACACUUGGUAAUUUUAAAAUUGGGUCAUUGUAUGCGUUGCCAGCCGAUUGGCGAAGCGACAUUCGCCGUCCUGUAUAUGUUUAUAUUUUUGGCUGCUGCUGGCGAACCAGUUUGCUGACCUUCUUUCCCCUUCUCCAAGUGCAAUUGGGGCUUGACUUUUUGACAAUAUGUACCACUUUCGGUACAUGAUACAUGUGUGCCAGAAAGAGAGACGGAGCUAGCGCGCGUGUGUGUGUGUGUGCGUUUGCUUAAGAGUGACAACUUAAUAGACGCAGCGAUGAAAAUUCGACUCUUUUUUAACGGGACAUUUGCGCGAUUGGCUGAAUGAGAAUUAUGGUUGAAAAACACGCAAAGAAUUUCUAUGUACAUAUUUUAAUAGCCGCCUAGCAACACGACAAACACCCAGCACACUCCUCCUUGGGGGCAUUUCCGUUUUCAGAAACAAAAGGAAGUUUUUACGUGGGGAGUGGCCAUGGUUGUGUUUGGUUUGGUAUUGAUUUAAGUUGCUGUUAAUCAUUGCGAUCCGUGUUUCGGGAAUUAUCAUGUAAACAAACAAUAAACAGCUCUUGUGGCGCCGAAAAUAGUGACAAUAAAACUGAAAUUUUCGCCUGGAAACCAAAAGAAAACAUGAUAAAGGGAUAUUUGGCGGCCUGCCAGUUUGUUUGUAUUAAAUAUGAUGCCCGACUUCUAUGAGGUCCUCAAAGUCUCAGAGACGGCCAAUUUUGAAGAGAUCAAAGGCAGCUACAAACAAUUGAUACUACAAUGUCAUCCCGACAAAUUACAGCAGCAUGAUGUGGCUGACCCAAAUCGGAGAAUUGUGGGAGAAGGGGAGCGGAGAUCUCAGAAUCUGAGCGACUUCAACGCCAUAAAUGAGGCCUGGAACACGCUUAAAGACCCCAUCAAGCGUAAACACUACGAUGCCGAAUUGCUCCAGGCCAGGUUUCAAGCGCACAACAACAUUUAUGCCCACAUAACUGCCAGCGACAUGCGAAGCAUCCAAGUCGAAGGCUCGGAAGAUAGGGGCGAGGCUGACGGUGACGCAGACGCAGACGCGGACAAAGAGACGGCGACAGUGUGGAGCUAUGCGUACGAUUGCCGUUGUGGCGGCCAAUAUCUGCUCGACGGAGCCGGAGACCCCGAUGAGUCACCCGGACAAAGCGGUCUGGUCGCAAGUGACGCGAUUGUGGAGUGCAGCGAGUGUUCUUUGGUGAUUAUUGUGAAACAAUCUCCGACAAUGUCUGAAUAAAGAGUGGAAUAUCGAUAAACCCCCCGUCUGAGAUAAUCCAUGUGAUUCCCAAACAUUCAA